AUGUAUAUUGUUCGUUUUUUUUUUCUAUUAGGUAUUAAUCCAGAUCGAUCUUAUCCAACAAUCGAGCUCGAAUUUCCUAGUUAUAAAUAUCAAAUAGCAACACUAUCACCACGUAAUGGUUUAGCUAUGCAAGCACAAACAAAAAGUGAACAACUUUUACGUUCAUGUGCAUUUCAAGAUGAUUUAGAAGAAACUGGAGAAAAUGUUAUUCAAUUGGAUUUUUAUAAUUGGCUUCGUUCAAUUGAAUUUGAAUUGACUGAACAAAGUCGAGUUGAACUUUGGGAUAGACGUUACGAAUGUAUGCGUGUACCAGAAUCAUUACCGCGUUGGCUUAAAUGUGUUAAAUGGUCUAAUCGUGAUGAUGUUCUUGAAGCUUAUAAAAUUGUUGAAAAUUGGCCAACAAAGAAUAUAGAUCCAUUAAUGACAGCACUUGAAUUAUUAGAUGUUGAUUAUCCUGAUCCAUUUGUUCGAUUUUCAGCUGUUCGUCUACUAGAUACACGUAUUGAUGAUGAUCGACUUCUGCCUGUUAUAUUACAAAUUGUACAAGCCGUUAAAAAUGAACCAUAUCAUGAUAGUGCAUUAGCAAGAUUUUUACUUAAACGUUCAUUAUUAAAUCAACAAGUUGGACAUUAUUUCUAUUGGCAUUCAAGAGCCGAAUUAAAAAAUCCACAAUAUAAAGUACGAUAUGGUCUUUUACUAGAAGCAUAUUUACGUUAUUGUGGUGAAUAUGCUGAAGAUCUUGGACGACAAGUACGAUCGGUAGAUAAAUUAAUAUAUAUUGCUGAAAUAAUACAAAAUAGUACACAUGAUGAAUUAUAUAAUCAAAAAGGUUAUCUUGCUCAUAUACUUACAAGAGAAGGAUAUAUUCAAAAUCUUCAAUACUUUCGAUCACCUGUUGAUUAUAAUAUUGAACUUGGUCAACUUGUUCUAGAUCAUUGUCGAAUAAUGUCAUCGGCUCGACGACCAUUAUGGUUACGUUGGACAAAUGGCUCUGAAUAUGCUGAACACUAUUUUCCAACAUUUGAUCUCAUUUUUAAAAAUGGAGAUGAUCUUCGACAAGAUAUGUUAGCAUUACAAUUUAUUCAAAUGAUUGAUAUUAUUUGGAAAGCUGAUGGACUUGAUUUAAGUCUUUUACCUUAUGGAUGUUUAGCUACUGAUAAUUGUUCGGGUUUAAUUGAAGUUGUAAAAAAUGCUAAAACAAUAAUGAAUAUACAAAAAUUAGGUGGUUUAAAGGGACAAUUUCAAUUUGAUGCUAGUGCACUUUAUCGAUGGAUUUCAAAAAAUAAUCCCGGUGCUGAAAAAUUAAAAAGUGCAAUUGAUUUAUUUACAAGAUCAUGUGCUGGUUAUUGUGUUAUAACAUAUGUUCUUGGUGUUGCCGAUCGUCAUCCAGAUAAUAUUAUGGUUAAUGAACGUGGUCAAGUAUGUAAAAGAUUUUCAAAUUUAAUACUUACGAGGAAACUACCCCAAGUGAUUCACCGUUUUUGAGCUCAUACUUUGGGGAUAAGUAGGAGACCCCGACACUAGAAUAACCCUAAGAGGAUUUGGGCCCAUGCACCUGUGGGGCUGAGUUAUAACCGUUUUACUCGAUUUUUGCCCUAGG